CGCUCGCUUGGUGCGCUGACACCUGGGAGAUCCUUCUCUAUUUCAUACUUUCCUUCGUGAAUCCCGACUCGAACAUCUUUCCGACCGUCACUCAUUUGGUCGCAUUUUCAUGCCUCUACAUGUCUUCGCGUUGUGAACACAUGCCGCAGCCGUGCGCCAUUCGUUUACUCUAGGCUCGCAGCGCAUGCCAUUCCGUCAUCACGUGUCGACGUGUGGUCCCUAUAAUAAUGAGGGAGCCAUGGGCGCUCGUCACGAUAGCUUUCAUGCUGGCCAGCUUCGGCCAAAGAGUCUGCGCACAAUCUUUCCUAUCUUCAGACUUCAGCAAUGUCUUGCAAUCUCCUGUUGACGCCGGCGUCACCAUUUCUUACAAGCAACCCGCCGUGGGCACGUGUACAACGGCUUAUUCCACCCAGAAGCAGUACACGGGCUAUAUCACGCUUCCUCCGUCCGCUCUGGCACCCAUCCAACAAAACUACCCCAUCAACUCUUUUUUCUGGUUCAUAGAGGCGCGGCAGUCGCCCGAAACGGCGCCUUUGACGAUAUGGCUGAAUGGCGGGCCCGGCACCAGCAGCAUGUUUGGCCUUUUCAAUGAAGUCGGCCCAUGCGAAGUUGUCCAGAUGUCAGAUGGCACGUAUGGCACACGCAUGCGAUCCUUUGGCUGGGAUCGCGCUUCCAACAUGCUUUUCAUUGACCAGCCGAACCAAGUCGGCUUCUCCUAUGACAUUGCGAUGAAUGCGUCCUUUGACCUUCUGUCCAGUGCUGUAUUUGAGCCGUCUACUGGACCUAGUUCAAGGCUUCCAUCUUUCAUGUAUUUGAACGGUACCUUCGGAACCGCCAAUUCGAAUGCAAAGGUGCCCUACGCGACGACCGCGAAUACCACAGAAAUCGCCGCGGCCGCGACGUGGCAUUGCUUGCAGACUUGGCUGUCAACAUUUCCACAGUAUAAUCCAUCAGUACGACCAAACAGCACUGCCAAUGACACGAAGCUGCCAGCAGGCAUUAAUCUUUUCACUGAAUCUUACGGUGGGCGAUACGGCCCAAUAUUCGCGACAUACUUUGAUGAUAAGAACGCAGCUAUUGCCAAUGGCACGUUGUCUCAACGAGACACCGUGCCCGUUGUGCUUCAGUCACUGGGCAUCAUCAACGGUCUCGUGGAUCCUCUCAUCCAGAACAGAUUUUAUCCAACCUUCGCGUACAAUAACACCUAUGGGAUUCAGAUGAUCGGACUUGUUGAUCAAUUGAACGGCGUGUCCAAUUUCACCAAUCAGUGCGCGCCCGCAAUUCGGGCCUGCCGGGCAGCCGGCUCAAAUGACUAUGGAGAUGAUGUCAAGGCCAAUGCCCUUUGUAGAAAGGCUACAGCAAUCUGCAACGAUCUCACACUCCUUGCUCCACUUCACGGUUAUGACCCUUACGACAUUCGCCAAAAGCUUCGUAGCCCAGACCCUUCUGCAGCUUACCAAGAAUAUCUCAAUGACGCGUCUGUCCUGUCAUCGAUAGGUGCCAGAGUCAACUUCACUGAAAGCAAUAGCUAUGUUCUUCAGGGUUUCUAUGAUACUGGUGAUCUUUCACGCGACGAUACCAUCGACGAGCUAGCUGGACUCAUCGCCCGUGGUGUACGCGUCGCAUUCAUCUAUGGUGAUGCCGACUUCAUCUGCAAUUGGCAGGGCGGGCAAGCCGUGAGUAACGCACUCGCCAGUGCUCUGUCUAAUGUUUCUGUAGAAGGUUCCAGCAAUGAUCAGUCUGCAGGCACAAAAUUGGCAGCAUCCUAUGCUGCGGGAUUUUCUGCCGCAGGCUACGCGGACAUCGUAGUGAACAAUACAUAUGUUGGUGGCAAUGUCAAGCAAUUCGGCAAUCUGAGCUUCUCACGCAUCUAUGAUGCCGGCCACUUUGUGCCUUACUACCAACCAGAAACCGCAUUUCAAGUUUUCGCCCGCAUCAUCUACGGCCACGAUCUUUCAACCGGCGUUGCCGUCGACCUCUCCAGCUUCCGCUCUUCCGGCACGUCAGAAUCCGCUCACACCAAUACCGUUCCCUCAAGCCCACCUGCGCAGACAUGCUGGGUACGCAGCUGGAAUAGCUCAUGUUCUACUGAAGACACUGCUGCCAUGCUCCGCGGCAAGGGGGUUGUUCAACACGGUAUAUAUUACCAAGACCCGAGCUCAAUCGUCCUUCCGACUGCGACUGUCGCUGCUGGAUUCCCGGGUCAACCGAUGACAACUAAAAGCGCGACGUCGUUGUCUGCGGACGGAACAUCGACGCAAUUGACGGGUGUGUAUACCGCGACAGGGACGCCGGUAGCGUCGAGCGCAGCAAUGGUGAGAUCGAUGCCAUUGCAAUGGAGCUCAAGUGGCACGUUCUCCAAAUGGUCAGUUACGGUGUUACUAACGGUGAUGAUGCUUGGUUCAUUUUCUAGCGCUACUCUUUGCUUGCUUUGAAAGUUCUGUCCUCAGAAAGAGAUACCCACGCAUGGUGAUUGGCGUUAUUUGUAAUUUCCCAAGUCAUCUGUCCGGGUAGACAGUGACCAUGAAUCCUUACCAUUCGACAGGCCCAUUAUACGGUGGCCUUUUUGUUUCGCCCAUGGGGGACUAUGAAAUAACGAAUGUAUCGUACAACAAUUUACCAAGGUUCUAAGCGG